AUGGCUGCACGAAUGGCUUCCAGGAGGGUUUGUUCUGUAUUGCGUGCGCCGCGCAUCAAUGGCACGUCUGCGCGAUUUGCUUCAACAGCGGCUGGGCUGAAAGGUUCAAGUCUGCCACAAGAUGUCUUAGACUCAAUAGCUCGCGAUGCAUCGUUGCCAACACCCGAUCCGCCUGCUACUUCGAAGACCGCAGGCCUAGUCAACCAGCAACUGCCGUACAUGGUCCCAACUUAUGUUCGCCCGCCACCAAUGUUCGAAAAGGGAGAAGGAUGCUACAUGUGGGACAUUGAGAACAGGAGGUAUCUUGACUUUACCUCUGGUAUCGCUGUCAAUGCUUUGGGACACUGCGAUGCUGGCGUAGCGCAAGUCAUUGCAGAGCAGGCUAAACAACUGAUUCAUACUUCGAAUCUUUAUCACAACCCACACACAGGUCUUCUCUCGAAACAGCUUAUCCAGCUCACCCAUGCAACCGGAGGAUUUGCUAGCGCAACCCGCACAUUCAUAUGCAACAGUGGCUCUGAGGCCAACGAGGCUGCCAUUAAGUUCGCGCGCAAAGUGGGCAAAUCUAUUUCUCCAAACAAAGACAAGCAUGAGUUUAUUUCGUUCCAUAACUCGUUCCAUGGCCGUACCAUGGGAAGUUUGAGCGCAACACCCAAUCCGAAAUAUCAAACUCCAUUCUCGCCUAUGAUUCCCGGCUUCAGGUACGGAAAGUUUAACGAUGUCGAUGCUGUCAAUGAGUUGGUCACCGACGCGACAUGUGGCGUCAUUGUUGAACCCAUCCAGGGAGAAGGAGGAGUAAACGUAGCGACGCCUGAGUUCCUUGUUGCACUACGAAAGCGUUGCACAGAAGUCGGUGCCGUCCUUAUAUUCGACGAGAUCCAGUGCGGCCUCGGACGAACAGGCACCUUCUGGGCUCACGGCGGCUACCCCAAGGAAUGCCACCCUGAUAUUGUGACCACCGCCAAGGCAUUGGGCAACGGUUUCCCAAUUGGUGCCACCAUUGUCAAUGACUAUGUGUGUGACCAUAUCAAGACUGGUGAUCACGGCACGACAUUCGGAGGCAACCCUCUCGGGUCGCGCGUCGCUUCAUAUAUCCUAUCACGUCUUUCUUCUCCAGAGAUUCUCGACUCGAUACCCGCCAAAGAGCAAGCAUUCCGUAAGCACUUUGAUGCUCUACGAAUCCGCUUCCCGAGUCAGAUCAAGGAAGUUAGGGGUAAAGGACUAAUCCUCGGUCUCCAACUGGACACAGACCCUACGCCCAUCGUCACAGCUGCCCGCGAACGAGGUCUUCUAAUCAUCACUUGCGGUACAAAUACACUGAGGUUUGUCCCUCCGCUUGUGAUUACUGAAGCACAGAUCGAGGAAGGCAUGCAGAUUCUAGAAAAGGCAAUGGAAAGCGUGUGGGUUGAAGGCGACAAUGUGAAGCCUACCACAGGCCAGCAGGAGAUGCGGUAG